GCUACGGCGCCUGAGGGAUGCGCCUGCGCCUGCGCCUGCGCCAACGCAGCUGGCGGGCGCUGGUGCCGCCGCGGGCGCCGGCACAUGGUCCGUGCCAGGCCUGGGCGACGCAGGCGGAGCGCCCUGCAGGGGCGUCGGAGGCGUCGGCGGGGGCGUUGGCGUGGACGCCAGCGCGGCGUCGGAGGCGCUGGCCAUGCUGCGGGCGGUGAACUUCCCCGCGCAGGUGCGCCGCAAGGUGGUGGCGACCGUCGGCGGGGCCAAGGAGGCAGCGGGCCCGCGCUCUAUGCCGCUGGGCCUCGUGCUGAGCUGGCGCCUCGGCAUGGGAAUCAGCAGGUUCACCGACGCCCAGGAGGCACUGACGCGGCUGCUGUGCCUCUCUGUUCGCACCGCGCGGCCCGAUUUCCCGUUCACCUCCCUGCAGGUGAACAAAAACCAUGCUUGCGCCCUCCACGUGGACAGCCGCAACAUGGGGCCGUCGCUGAUCCUGGGCCUGGGCGAGUACCUUGGCGGCGAUCUGUACGUGCACGGCAGCGGGCGAUUGGAUGUGCGGGCGCGAUGGUGCGAGUUUGACGGGAACGUCCCCCACCUGACAUGCCCCUUCUCCGGGGAGCGCUACUCCGUCGUCGCCUACGUGCACGAGUCCUUCCGGAAGGCCUCUCCGCCCGACGAGGCCCGACUGCGCGCGCUGGGAUUCCAGUGGCCGGCGCGGGCACCUGAGCCUACGGGCCGCCGGGCAAGGCGCGGGGGCGCGGCCGCCUCCUCGGCGCUGCUCCGUGAGGCCGCGGGCGCGUUGCCCUGGGAGCUGCAGGUCCUGGUCUGCCAGCGGACGCUCAGCCCGCGGCCGCUGGUGCCGCCCGCGAGGCGCGAGAGGCUCGACGGGCGCUUCGAGCAGCGCGUGGCGGAGCUGGAGCGGUGGGUGCGGUCGCACGGCGGGGCGCUGCCGACCUACGCCCUGGCGGUGCGUGCUGCCGGAGGCGAGGAGGCGCGCCUGGGCGAGUUCCUCAACCGCACGCAGAAGGCGGCCGCGAGCGGGAGGCUGGCGGGCGGCCGGCGGGAGCGCUUCGCGCGCCUGCCACAGCUGCGCGACAGGCUGCUGCAGUGGGAGGCCGCUGGCGGCGCGCGGCUGCCAGGGGCAGGGAGGGGCGCCGGGGGGAGGCUGCGACGACCGGUCCAGGGUCGAAGUGGCUCCUCUCUCUCUUCUCCUCCUCCAGGAGGCUGGGGCUGCGGACCUGUCUGUGCGGUGCUGAGGCCCUCGUUGACCCUCCUCCCGGCCAACGCUGGGGGUAGGGUCAGAAAGCAAUGGGCAAUGGGUAGAGGAAGCACGAGGAAUAUUCUUCUUGUUGAUGCGAAGACGACG